AAUGCAAAUUAGUCUGUGCGACGUUUAAUCAUAAAUUUCAGUCGAUCAGGAGUUAUCUGAUGGUAAAGUCGUGUAUAUUUUGAAUAGUACACGAGAAAAUUAAUAAAUCAUUUAUGACAUGAUGGCGGUAGAAUAAUUCAAAUUAAAGGUUGAAACCUGGCAUUAUUUUUACGAAAUAAUCAAUAAAAUUAUUUUCAUUUCCGUACGGUCAUCGCGUAAUUAGUGUACCCAAAUAGUUGCUUAAACAAAUGAUCAAAUUCGGUUAAUUAGAGAUAUACGUUAAGAAGCAUGAGAUGCAUAAAAGGAAACUCAAACGCAACACAUUAGCGCAGAGUAUAAAAACUCCUGAGAACUUGUCGAGAUCAAGAGAUCACCAAGAGGAACAAAGUGAAUCGAGCGAUCAUUUUCAAUUACCAAGCUUACAGAAGAGGAAAACUUGGAAGGAUGUCGAUGACAAUGUCCAAACUUGGGAUAAAAAUAGUAUUGCAAUGGACGUGUUUUCUCCCUCGGAGAUCGAGAAUGCUGCAACCAGAAAAGUUAUGCAGCAGUGGGAAGCUGUUGAGAAUACACUAUACGAGGAUGGAGAACAAGUGACACAAACAGCUGUUCUGGAUGAAUGCGUGCAAUGGAGAACACAGAUACCCCAUUUAAGAAUAAUUGGGAAAAGUCCAUUCAAUUCAUCCAUCAGUAAUCAAGAGGUCAAUGUUAAUCAUAAUCAGAUGAGAAAUAGUUUUAGUUCUCAUAACGAGGAUGCGUUUACAGAUUUGAAUAUUUCAUCAAAGGAGAGAAAAAAUUCAUCCAAGCAAAAGUUACAAAAAUCUCCAAGAGAUGAGAUAAUCAAUAUGCUUUAUGAAUAUGUAAUAUCUGAACUGUUUCCAAGUAAAAUAAAUGAUAUUGAUUCAUUGAACAAUGAUUUUAAUAGUGCUUUACAAAUAAGGGCUGCACCGAUUCAUAGUAAUAAAAAUUCUGCGAAGAGUACAAAGAUGAGUUGGUUCGAAGAAACAAUUCCUCUGGAAACCAGACUUUCCAAUAGUAAUAAUAAAGCAUUGGAAGAUCUCAAUUUACCAAUAAGAAGGGAAACUGCUCAGAUACAUGCUUCAGACAUUCACAAGUAUGUAUGUAAUGCAUCGCUCAUUUGUAAAGGAAAACAGAAUAAUUAUGCCGUGCAUAAUUAUAGAUUGAAGAAUGAGAAGGACGAAUCUGCAUUGGAAGAUAAACUUUUCAGGCCGCAUACAAGUAGAAAUAAACUUGGAACUGUUUUCAAUGAGAAGAUCGUGGUCAGUCCUGUGCCUUAUGUUCUAUCGACUAGAGAGAGUUUCACUACCGUACGAACAACACCGAUAAAGUUCAUGACACAGUCUCCAGAGAUUUCUACAUUUCAAGGCUCAAGUAGAAACAUUAGCUAUUUAAGAAAUUCGGCAAAGAAUUCGGCAAAAACGAAUUACCAAUCCGCUUGGCAUGCCCCUGUCUCUCCUGCUGUGUGGCCGAAAAAUAUUAAGCUUGCUCCGCUUGAUACUUCGCGGCUUCCGAGUAGCAAGAAUAGAUCUGUAACGUCGUCGUCAGUAGCGUUGUCUCGUAACAGAAAACCUCUGAGUCCCAUUUCUCGGCCUAUUCUGCCUGCCUCUGCACAAAUUAAUCACAGUAGCAAUAACGAAGGCCUAGAAAUUCGAGGGAGACAAAUAACUCCCGGACAAUCUCCUAAGUUGAAUGCAACUCUAACCGGAAAUAGCAAAAGGAAGAGAAGUCAACCGAAGAUCAAAUCAUAACACAUUUGUUAGCUAGAUAAAUCGAUCUUCUGAAUUCUAUAACAUUAUUUUGUUGUUUUACACGAUUAAUAAGUGGGAGAAUAAAUAUAUUUCCUUUUCCCCAUUAAACUGGAAAUUCAGUUUGUGAUAUAUUAUCGAACAGUUUAGUAAAGAGAUGAUUUUAAAGUUCAGAUAAUAUUUAUAAUUCGUACGACGUAAAGGAGAACAUUUUAUAUAAUGUACAAAUACAUUGUUACUGUUAAAUAAUUAGUAAGAUAUCACGCAGUGUAUAUUACAGUAUUAUAAUCAUAAUUUUAAGAAGCGUAUUGCACUGUAAACGAAUCCUGUGUUAAAAACACGAGCUGUUGUUCUUAUAUUAUCUAAGAAUGUAUAUUUUAAAUACUCCCGUUGUUAUAUGUAUAGAUGAAUACAUAAUAAUGUUGUAACUGUGUCUACCUCACUUGACGUAUCUGUGUCGAUGCACGAGCUUAAGUGUGCAGGUGGAUAUAUUUUUGUAAUGCACACAUCUGUGUCUGACGUAUUUGUUGUAAAUAUAUAACAAUAUAUCAUGUUUAAA